AUGACAGAAAUUCAGCUUUCACAGCUCACGGUAGGACAACUUCACAUCUUGUCCGACACAAAAAAAAAGAUGUCCGAGCAUCUUCUGAAACACAAGUGUUUGGUAGAGGGAGUGAUCAACAGCGAUCAUGAUAUCACUCUACGUACACUAUACAAGGCUCGAGUCAAUGCCAAGGGCUCGGCAUCUGGGCGCCUUGGCGAGAGGGACUGCAAACAGCAAGAAAUGCUCCUCCGCUGUCUGGCACGGCCUUUCCUGGCCUUCCCUGGCUUUUCCGCUCUUUCAAGCUGCGGCUCUCCGUAG